CCAUAAGGAUAGUAGCAACGAAGUAAGCUAACGUGGUUGCUUAGGACUUGUUGCAGUUCAAUAGUCGCUGGAACUUGUCAAAGCUAGGCUUUGGAAGACACACCAGCCGUCCUGUUGCGUCCUUUGUCGGAAUAUGGAAUCAAAUUACAAGUAAAAUGCUAAAAAUUGCGGUAUUGUCUGCAGCGGCGGGAGCGCUGCUUGCGUUUGCGCUGUCGCCUGCCUGUCUAAGAUGGCUCCAUGGCUUGCUAGCAUCAAGGAGCCCGCCGCUGCCCGAGGACGCUGUUGCUGACGUGGCAAUCGUGCUGGGCUAUGCGCUCUUCAGGGACGGCAGCCCCACGCAGCCGCUCAAGGGUCGAGUGGCCGCGGGUGUGGACCUCCUGCUCAGGGGCCGUGCACGCCACCUGCUGUUCAGCGGGGCUCACCCUGGUGGCGUGGUGGCGCGGCGUUCCGAAGCCAACGUCAUGCGAGAGCUGGCGGAGGAGUUGUUCAUGACUAACAACCAAACUAACCGUAACCGUCAUCGUACGGACUGUACGGAUCCCGAUGAUGACGAUGGUAAUGUUGAAUGGAAAAAGGUACAAGACAGGUUGUAUGAGGAAGAUGCGUCGACGUCGACCUACGAGAACGCGUUGUUCAGCCUGGACAUCUGUCGGCAGCACGGGUGGACGACGCUGCUGGUGGUGACAAGCCCCUUCCACCAGGUCAGGUCGGAGCUCGUUUUCCGGCGACUCGUGAACACCGUGGCUUCAUCACACGGAGCAGCAGCAGGGGCAGCCUCGUCGAGCACAGCGGGAGGCACUGACUGGGGCCUGCCUACCAUCAAGGUCUACAUGGCACGUACCGCGUUCGUACCGCACUCUGGCUACUUCCUGCCUGUGUUUGACCGCAUUGUCGACCUUUGGGACUGGGCAAGGGAGCUCUUAGCACUGGUGUACUAUUUUGCCAAAGAUCGGAUAUAGUAGAAGUUAGGUUGCAUUGGCGUUUGUGAGACGUGUGCGCACCAGUGAGGCGGCAUGCUAGCGAUUAGGACAUCUGUCUGGACCAAACAUGGAUUUCAGCUUGCGUUUGCAUUACUUUAUCUAUGGUAACCUGGAUAUGGCAAGAGGGCGAUUAGUGAGCACGGGCUAUCGUGACGAGCGCCCGUUCACAACAAUAAAUGGCAUGCGACCGCUUGCACAGCGUAAAGGUGUGGGAACGGCCGGGUUUACGCACAGGUAGCGCCUGACUUCAAUUAUAAGAUGGCAAUAUACGGGCAAAACAGAACUUAGUCGUGG